UUUAACCUGGUGUGUGAGGACUCCUGGAAGCUGGACCUCUUUCAGUCUUCUGUGAACGCUGGGUUUUUUAUUGGCUCUAUGAACAUUGGCUACAUAGCAGACAGGUUUGGCCGUAAAUUUUGCCUCUUAAGUACAGUUCUUGCAAACUCUAUCUCUGGGAUCCUUCUGGUCUUCAUGCCCACCUACCUGUGGAUCGUCAUCCUUCGUUUCUUCCAGGGGCUGGUCAGCAAGGGCUGCUGGACUGCAGGCUACAUCCUGGUGACGGAGGUCGUCGGUCCGAAGUACCGGAGGAUGGUGGGCAUCCUCUACCAGGCGUCCUUCUCCGUUGGGCUCCUGGUCUUUGAUGCCAUCGCUUACGCCAUCCCUCACUGGCGAUGGUUGCAGCUCAUCGUCACCCUGCCGAGCUGCUUCUUCCUGCUCUACUGCUGGUGCCUCCCAGAGUCUCCCAGGUGGCUGAUAUCUCAAGGAAAAAAUGACAAAGCUAUGAAAAUUGUCAGGCAUAUGGCUAAAACAAAUCGAAAAAAGAUGCCUUCCCAUUCUGAGGAUAUUAAAUUUGAAGAGGAAGAUGCUGGAAAGCAGAGCCCUUCACUCCUUGACCUCGUCCGGACACCACAGAUGAGAAAAAACACAUUCAUUUUGAUGUACAACUGGUUCACAAGCUCCAUUCUCUACCAGGGACUCAUCAUGCACAUGGGAGUAGCUGCUGACAAUGUGUAUCUGGAUUUCCUCUAUUCUGCACUUGUUGAGUUUCCAGCUGCCUUCAUCAUCAUCGUCACAAUUGACCGUGUUGGGCGGCGCUACCCCUGGGCUGCAGCAAACCUGGUGGCUGGAGCCGCCUGCCUUGCCACAGCCCUGAUCCCAAAUGACAUGCAUUGGCUAAAAGUGAUUGCUGCUUGCAUCGGGAGAAUGGGAAUCACAAUGGCUUUCGAAAUGGUUUGCUUUGUAAACACUGAGCUGUAUCCAACGUACAUCAGAAACCUCGGAGUGAUGAUCUGCUCCUCCUUGUGUGAUAUUGGUGGAAUCAUUGUCCCAUUCAUUGUUUACAGACUGGUGGAAGUCUGGCAUGAUCUGCCACUGAUAGUCUUCACUGUUCUUGGUUUGAUUGCUGGUGGAUUGGUGUUGCUUCUACCUGAAACUAAAGGAAGAGUUUUGCCGGAGACUGUUGAAGAUGUUGAAAACUUUCACAGGAAAAGUUCUCCAAAGACCAAAACAAUCUAUCUCCAUGUCCAAGCAUCAGAAGACUGA